AUGGCAACAACAGCAAAAAUGAAAUCUUUACCAAAUAUUCCCAUUCCGGAUAAAUUAAUAAAACCUAAUCCAUUUUUAAAUGAUAAAAAGCCUGUUGAAUCAAAUCUACUUUCAUUUGUUAGUAGUGGCCUUGAAUUUGAUGCUGAUGUUGUACAAAGAAUCUGUCCAUCAGCUAUAUCAUUUACAAAUUUUAAUGGUCGAUCAUUAUAUGUUCCAAGUCGUGAAAUAAGUAGUUCACCACGACCACCUCAUCGUUUACAACCACUUGUUCCAUUAACUAUAUCGAAAGCACGAUGGGAACAUGCACGUCGAGUUUUAGCACAAAAACCAAUCGCAAUUGAACCAGUAAAAUUUCGACCGCAACAAUCACUUUUUUAUAUGACUGAAAUUGAUGAUAAUGAUGAACAUAUUCAUGAAUUUAAACAAGAAAUUAUAGAUGAUUAUUCAACACCUACAACACGAUCAGAAUCAUCUGAAGAAACAGAUGAAAAUACAAGUGGAAUACGACGUGGUCAUGAUAAUAUUGAAAAACAAGCACGAAUUCUAGCAGAAAAAGAUUUUUCUCAAAUGGAACGAAAUUGGGAUAAAUAUAUGUUUGAACAUAUGGAUGAAAAUACAGCUAAAUUUAUUAUUUUAAAACAUGUUCAUGAUGACGACCGUCGAGCUCGCUUAAUUGAAUAUUUAAAAAAGACAUAUAACAUAACAAAAUUACCGAAUCCACAAGAAAUAGAAUUGAUUCCAACAACUGAUGAUCAAGAAAAAAAUGCCGAUGAACAUGAUUCAAAAAAAUUACAAAGUCAAAUACUAGAAAAAGAUGCUGAUGUGCCUAAACGAGAAAUUCCAUUGUAUCGUUUACCACGCGGUUUACGUCGACGAGCAAAAGAAGAGAAAAAAGAAGAUGGUAAGAUUAUUUUACAAAAAUCUAAAUUUCCAAAAAAAUCUAUAUUCUCUCUUCAAUUAGCAUCAGCACAUAUUCGUCCAUCUCAACAAAUAAUUACUGAAAAUACAUUGAUACGUCGUGAACCAUCAUUUUAUGAUAUAAUGUCAAAUAAAAUAUUAAGUACAGUUUAUCGAACAGAUCAUCCAUAUGAACAAGCAAUGCUUCUUGGUAAUAAUAUGCAUAAACCAACAGAUGAACCUGGUGUUAUUGUUCUUUCGAAUAAACUACAAUUUGAUAAGGUUCUUCAAAAACAACUUCCACCUGAUCCUGAUUCAAUUGCUACAACUCUUCAAAUUGAUUCAUCGGCUGCAUUUGAUCGACAAAAACCAGCACGAGGUUUUCGUCGUUGGAAAGCUUUACCUGCAGUCAAAGAUACGCAUCCACCUCGACCACCUGAUGUUAAUGAUUUAUCACUUUCAUGGCUUAUGCCAUCAACACCAGAUGCUCGAUUAUAUCAAAUAUUAAAAUCAAAUACAACUAUUAGUCGAAUUAUUGAAGAAUGGAGACGUAAAUGGCAAGUUGGAAGUCAAUGGCUUGAUGCUGAUAUUGAAGAAUUAUAUCAAGAUUUACAUGAUAUUCAUCCACAUGUUCGUUUUACUGCUAUUGUUGUUUGUAGUCGAGCUGCUCAAUAUCUUACUCAAAAAGAAAUAGAUCUCGGUUUAAAAGUUCAUCUUCUUCCUGAAAAAUUACUUCAAUCAAUUGAGUCUUUACUUAAUGAUUCUCAAGAACAUGUACGAACAGCUGCUGCUAUUGCACUUGUUACAUUACAUCGUUUUUCUUCAAAAGUAGAAGAUAUUCUUCGUUCAUGUGUUGCUAAUGGUAAUCCUGAUGAUAAAUUAACAGCUGCACAAUGUUUAGCAAGUCUUAAUUACUCAACAUCAGAUGUAAUACAUGAAUUAUUAAAAAAUUAUUUUGAUGCUGAAGAUGAAUUAACACGUGAACAACUUAUUCUUGCAUUAGCUAAAUUAAGUCAACGAACGAAUCUCGUACAUAGUUUAACCGGUGAAUAUUUAAAUUCUGCUGAUUCUAGUGAUCGAAUAGUUGCUUGUAAACUAUUUCCAUUACUUAAAUCUCGACCAAAUAAAGAUAUAACACAAAAAUUAAUUCAUCUUAUGUGGCAAGAUAUGAAUAGUAGUGUACGUCGUGUAGCUGGUCAAGCAUUAGGUAAAUGUGGUUGUGGUCAAGCAGUACAUGAAGAAGUUGUUUUACGUUUACAAAGUCAACAUUGGCAAGAUCGUGUUGAAGCACUUAAACUUAUUGGUUAUCUUGGUGUUUUAACAGCUAAAUUAAUGCAACCAUUUUUAAAAUGUUUUAAAGAUGAUCAUGUUAGUGUACGUGAUCAUGCAUGUCGUACAACAUAUAAAUUACAAUUACGUGAUGAAACAAUAAGAAAUUUACUUAUUGAUCGUGUUGAAUUUGAUCCUAUUGAAAAAGUUCGAUAUUCAGCUGUUGAAGCACUUGGUUUAUAUGGAAUGACAAAUGCAAAAUGUCGAAGUGUUCUUUUAUGGGCUGUUCGAUAUGAUAAAAGCCCAUUAGUACGAGCAUCAUCACCAAAUGCUCUUGUUCUAUUAGAAAAAGCAAGUGAAGAUAUUAUUGAUACAUUACAAAGUCGAUUUUUAGUUGAAAAAGAACCUAUUGUUGUUCAAUCAUUAAAAGAAGCAUUGGAAGCUUAUCAUUGUAAUUUAAGUCAAGAUGUUCCAAUAGUACAAGAAAUUCGAAAUGAAGUUCGAAAAUUAAAUACAAAAAAUACAAUAUUAGAAAAAAUAAUGAAUCUAGAAAAAGAUCUACGUUUAACAGCUGCUAUGGAACGAUUAAUAGCACCAUUAAUAGAUACACCACCUACACCAUCACCUGGUGAAAACGAAAUUAAAUCAACUACGACUUUUACAAAUUAUAUUAAAAAUGUUGCCGAUACUAAUGCUAAUGCUAAUGAUGUGCCUGAAGUGUGGUCACCAGAAUUAUGGCAUUCCGAUAGUAAAACUGGUAAAAUCAGAAAACAUCGACUUCCACAUAACGAGGCACCAUCUCAGGACGAACCAAUCACAAUGACAAUAGAGCCUGAACAAUCAAGUUAUAGUCUUCAACCAGCUGUCUUAUUACCUGUUGAAGAGGAAGAAAGUGAAACUGAGGAAGACAGUCAAGUUAUACUUUCUUAA